CCGAUCCCUCACACGCCAUGGCGGUAGCUACCACCAAACGAGCGAGCACCGGCCGGCCCUCGUGAUCCUCGCUAGAUUUGCUCACCAAAGCUAGCACCAUUACCACGCACCAUUAUUCAUUUAUUUGGUCUUCUCAUCACGUCGAUCCCAAUCCAAGCAGCAACAGACUGAUCGUGGCUCAGUGACUGCCGGCUUUUGCUAGUAGCAUGAGUGCGUGACAAAGGAGCGUGCAUGCCCGGGUGCUGUCCAAACAUUACUGUUGCUUUGACUUGAAUUUCGAAUGACUCACCUCCCAAAAAAGUAUGAUGUGCUGGUUUUGGAAUUUCCAGGCAAAGGAGUACACUUCUGUAGACGAUUGAAGUGUGAUGGUGACACUCCGACAGAAAGCAAUCAACUAGAAUUUUCUUUCACAUGCUUGCUUGCAUGCAGAUUGGUGUAACCUCAAAGCCACUAUAUUCAGGCAUCAGCUGCUCCUUCCGCACUACACACCUUGUGCAGCAUAGGCAAGAGGCAACCAAUGGCGCUUUGGGUCUCCUUCCUCGAGCUCUCCCUCUCCUUGCUCUGCUUCGUGGUCUUCUACUACUUCCACAUCAGGUCCAGGCGGAAGAACCCAGUGAUCCCUCUGGAGUGGCCAUUGGUGGGCAUGCUCCCCGCCCUCCUCGCCAACCUCCACCACCUCCACGAGUGGAUCACCUCCAUCCUCGUCGCCAGCCCCAUCAGCUUCCUCUUCACGGGCCCGCCGCGCUCCGGCAUGCAGUUCUUCGUCACCGCCGACCCGGCCAACGUCCGCCACGUCUUCACCUCCAACUUCGCAAACUACCCCAAGGGCCCCGAGUUCGAGGAGAUCUUCGAUAUCCUCGGCGGCGGCAUCUUCAACGCCGACGGCGAGUCGUGGCGCCGCCAGCGCGCCAAGGCGCAGCUGCUCAUGUCCGGCGCCCCGUUCCGGGCGUUCGUGUCCCGGUACAGCCGCGACAAGGUCGGGAACACCCUGCUCCCGCUGCUCUCCCACUUCGCCGGCACCGGGGAGGCGUUCGACCUGCAGGACGUGUUCCUCAGGCUGACCUUCGACACGACGACGACGCUGGUGUUCGGCGUCGACCCGGGGUGCCUGUCCGUCGGCCUGCCGGAGGUGCCGUUCGCGCGCGCCAUGGACGACGCGAUGCACGUGCUCCUGCUCCGCCACGUCGUCCCGAUGACGUGGUGGAAGCUGGCGAGGCGGCUGAGGAUCGGGUACGAGCGGACUAUGGCGGCAGCACGGCGCACCAUCGACCAGUUCGUCGCCGACACGAUCGCUAGGCGGCGGGCCGAGAAGGCGAGGGGCGGCAUCGACGGCUCGGUGGACCUGCUCUCGUCCUACAUCAACGACGAGGGCGCGGGCACCACUGUGGACGCGUUCCUGCGCGACACGACCAUCAACCUGAUGCUGGCCGGCCGCGACACGACGGGCUCGGCGCUGUCCUGGUUCUUCUACCUCCUGACGCAGAACCCGCGCGUGGUGGCCAGGAUCCUGCAGGAGCUGGAGUCCGUGAAGGGCACCUCCACCGCCCCGGACGGCAUGGUGACCUUCGACCCGGACGAGCUGGGGCGGCUGACGUACCUGCACGCGGCGCUGUGCGAGUCCCUCCGGCUGUACCCGCCGGUGCCGCAGGAGCUGAAGGAGGCAGCCGCCGCCGACGUGCUGCCGAGCGGGCACGAGGUGCGGGCCGGCGACAAGGUCCUGGUGUGGGUGUACGCGAUGGGGCGGAUGGAGGACGUGUGGGGCGGUGACUGCCGGGAGUUCCGGCCGGAGCGGUGGGUCUCGGCGGAGGACGAUGGGCGGGUGCGGUACGUGCCGUCGUACCGGUUCAUGUCCUUCAACUCGGGGCCCCGGACCUGCCUCGGCAAGGACAUGGCGUUCGUGCAGCUCAAGGCCGCGGCCGCCGCCGUGGUGCGGAACUUCGAGGUGGAGGCGGUGCCCGGGCACGUCGUGGAGCCCAAGCUGUCCAUCAUACUCCACAUGAAGAACGGGUUCAUGGCGACCGUGAGGAGAAGGCGGCAGGCUCCGGCGGCGCUUGCCUGAUGAGAUCGAUCGGCGGCUGUCAGUGGUAGUGGUCGGUAGUGCGUGCGCAAUCAGUAGCGCGUGACCACCAGUCGGUACGUUAGCUGACAUGUAUGUAUGUGCUGUGCUACAUGGUGGAAGCACACGUACGUACUCUGGUGUUGCGUACGUGUACGCUCCGUCGAUGUCGCCCUUGCUUGCUUAUCUUCAACGAAGCUGGUGUUGCA